AUGGCUGCUAUCCGGCCUCUGGCAGUGGCGCUGCUGCUUGUAGUCUAUCUACUGCGGCGAGCGCAGUCCGAUUCCUCGCUCGAGCACAUUCCCAUCCUCAAAUUCAACCGCUAUCUGCCCGACUUCGUUAACCGGCUCAUCUACUACCCCAAGGCUGCGUCACUGAUCUAUCGAGGUUACAAUCAGUACAAGGAUUGUCCUUUUCGCAUGCUAACAGCAGAUGGCGAAGUAGUCGUUCUGCCUGUGAAAUACACGGAGGAGCUGAGGAAGCUGCCUGCUUCGAUCAUCAGCUCUCUGGAUGCACAAUAUGAGGUAAAAGGUCUUCCGUCUAUGAAUGCGCUAGGAGAUUUUACCAAUAUCCUAAUCAAUAGUGCCCUGCCGUCAGCGACGGUUCGAAAGAAGUUGACUCCAAGCAUAGGUGCGCUCCACAUCACAAUCUUCAACGAAGACAUUUUCACAAAUUGGUCAGGACGAAUCACUCCCUGGGUCCUCGAUGAGCUGCGCUAUGCCUUUGACACUGUACUCCCCCAAUGCGAAGAUGACUGGGUCCCCAUCCAAGCGCACGAGAUGUUCGUCCAACUAAUCGCGUGCGCAACCUCGCGCGUAGUUGGCGGCGAGACUCUCCGACGCAACGAAAAAUGGCUAGAUAGCGCAAGCAGAUACUCCGUCAAUGUCGGGAUCACAGUAUUCCUCCUGCGCCCAUUCCCACCCUGGCUCCGGUCCCUAAUAGCGCCUUUCCUCCCCUGCGUGCGAGAGAUGAAAGAGCAGCUACGUUUCGUGAAAAACGACCUGUUCGUGCCAAUGAUCCUCGAGCGCAGAGCUGCCGAGCAGGCUAAUGACCCUGCCUACGUGAAACCGAAUGACUUCUUGCAAUGGAUGAUGGAGAUGGCUGAGGAAGAGGGGGAUAGGGAUCCCGAUCUGUUGGCGCACCACCUUUUCAUUCUUAUGAGUCUGGCUGUGGUGCAUACCAGUAGCAUGGCUAUGUGUCACGCUCUGUAUGAUCUGGUUCUCAUGCCGGAGUAUCGAGCGCCUUUAAGGGACGAGAUCACUCGUACGCUGAAGGAUGGGUGGGAGAAUGCUACCCUGGCGUCGUUCGUGGCUCAACGCCGUAUGGACAGUUUCCUGCGCGAGUCGCAGCGGUUCAAUCCACCUGGCGAAUUAUCCUUCCACCGCAUCGUUAAAGAACCCCUCACCCUCUCAGACGGCCUCGUCCUCCCCCGAGGAACACACAUCUGCUUCGCUGCUGGACCCAUGAGCAAGGACGCAACUUACCUCUCCAACCCGGAUAUCUUCGACGGGCUCCGCUGGUGCCAGGAUCCAGAUGAUCGAUAUGCCCUCAUGUCUGAUCCAAGUGAGAAACAAUUACAAGUGCUCAAUGGGUUUACCUCCACCGGCUCUUCCUCCGCCUCGGCCAGCUUCGUCACUAUCAGCCCAGCAAGCAUGCACUUCGGAUUCGGGCGUCAGGCGUGUCCGGGGAGGUUCUUUGCCGUGAAUACCAUCAAGGCAAUUAUGAGUCGCAUCAUCUCGGAAUAUGAUUUCAAGUUUGAAGAUCUUCAGACUGGGAAGAGGCCUCCCAAUAUUCUUGUUGGGGAGCAUAUCAUUCCCAACACGAGUACCAACGUCCUUUUCAGGAAACGCUCUAUUGGACUGUGA